UGGUCUCUUGUUCUCUAGAGGGCAAAACCAUGACCUUUUGUUGGCAUGGACAUGAGAAAUGCGGCGAACGUCCGAAGACUGGCCAACCAGUACGCAGCUCAACUGCAACAAUGCUGUCCCCACAAUCCCAUGUCGUAUUCUAUCGCCCGUACUGUUCAUGCCCACAUGAUAGCUUCUGGGUUCAAGCCACGAGGUUAUAUCCUCAACCGUCUCAUUGAUGUCUACUGCAAAUCAUCUGAUCUCGUCUCCGCACACCACCUGUUCGACGAAAUUCGUCAACCUGACAUCGUCGCUAGAACCACGUUAAUUGCCGCCCACUCCUCUGCUGGGAAUUCCAAUCUAGCACGAGAGAUAUUUUUUGCGACCCCCUUGGGAAUCCGAGACACUGUUUGCUACAAUGCUAUGAUCACGGGCUAUUCACAUAAUAACGAUGGUUUUGGAGCCAUUGAACUGUUUCGUGACUUGUUGCGGAACGGCUUUAGGCCCGAUAAUUUCACGUUUACGAGUGUGCUAGGUGCUUUGGCGCUUAUAGUUGAAGAUGAAAAGCAGUGCCAGCAGAUACAUUGUGCUGUAGUGAAGUCAGGAUCUGGGUUCGUUACUUCGGUUUUAAAUGCACUACUAUCUGUAUUUGUUAAGUGUGCGUCUUCCCCAUUAGUGUCAUCGUCAUCAUUGAUGGCUGCGGCCAGGAAGUUGUUUGACGAGAUGACCGAGAGAGAUGAGUUGUCGUGGACAACAAUGAUAGCGGGAUAUGUAAGGAAUGGUGAACUUGAUGCAGCACGUCAGUUUCUUGAUGGGAUGACAGAAAAAUUGGUGGUUGCUUGGAAUGCGAUGAUUUCAGGGUAUGUGCAUCAUGGGUUUUUCCUAGAAGCUCUGGAAAUGUUUAGGAAGAUGUAUUUAUUAGGAAUUCAGUGGGAUGAAUUUACAUACACAAGUGUACUUAGUGCUUGUGCAAAUGCAGGAUUUUUUCUGCAUGGAAAGCAGGUGCAUGCUUACAUUCUACGCACAGAAGCAAGGCCUUCCCUUGAUUUUUCAUUGUCUGUAAAUAAUGCAUUGGCAACACUCUAUUGGAAAUGUGGUAAAGUCGAUGAGGCACGGCAGGUUUUUAAUCAGAUGCCUGUAAAAGACCUUGUUUCAUGGAAUGCAAUCUUAUCAGGCUAUGUUAAUGCAGGGCGGAUUGAUGAAGCUAAAUCAUUUUUUGAGGAGAUGCCAGAGAGGAAUCUUUUGACAUGGACUGUGAUGAUAUCUGGAUUGGCACAAAAUGGUUUUGGUGAAGAAAGUCUAAAGCUAUUCAAUCGUAUGAAGUCAGAGGGCUUUGAGCCAUGUGAUUAUGCAUUUGCAGGGGCAAUUAUUGCUUGUGCUUGGCUUGCAGCAUUGAUGCAUGGACGCCAGCUCCAUGCUCAGCUUGUCCGGCUAGGUUUUGAUUCUAGCCUUUCAGCAGGAAAUGCACUGAUAACAAUGUAUGCAAAAUGUGGUGUUGUUGAGGCUGCCCACUGUCUUUUCCUAACAAUGCCUUAUUUGGAUUCAGUAUCUUGGAAUGCCAUGAUUGCAGCUCUGGGUCAACAUGGACAUGGUGCUCAAGCACUAGAACUUUUUGAACUGAUGUUGAAGGAAGACAUAUUACCAGAUCGGAUAACUUUCCUCACAGUUCUUUCCACUUGUAGCCAUGCCGGUCUAGUUGAAGAGGGGCAUCGCUAUUUCAAAUCCAUGUCAGGCCUUUAUGGUAUAUGCCCAGGUGAAGAUCAUUAUGCUCGUAUGAUUGAUUUGUUGUGUCGAGCUGGGAAGUUCUCAGAAGCUAAGGAUAUGAUUGAAACAAUGCUUGUUGAGCCAGGUCCACCUAUUUGGGAGGCACUUCUUGCUGGUUGCCGGAUUCAUGGGAACAUGGAUUUAGGUAUCCAAGCUGCAGAACGACUCUUUGAGCUAAUGCCACAGCAUGAUGGAACCUAUGUGCUUUUGUCAAACAUGUACGCCACUGUGGGCAGGUGGGAUGAUGUGGCUAAGGUGCGGAAAUUAAUGAGGGACAAGGGUGUGAAAAAGGAGCCUGGAUGUAGUUGGAUUGAGGUUGAAAACAAAGUUCAUGUCUUCUUAGUGGAUGAUAUUGUGCACCCUGAGGUGCAAGCAGUAUACAAUUAUCUUGAGGAACUGGGAUUAAAAAUGAGGAAAUUAGGGUAUAUCCCUGACACAAAGUUUGUAUUGCAUGAUAUGGAAUCUGAGCAGAAGGAAUAUGUUUUGUCUACUCACAGUGAAAAGCUUGCUGUUGGUUUUGGGCUCCUGAAGCUCCCUCUUGGAGCCACAGUUAGGGUUUUCAAGAACCUUAGAAUUUGUGGGGAUUGUCACAAUGCAUUCAAGUUUAUGUCAAAAGUGGUGGAGAGAGAGAUUGUUGUGAGAGAUGGUAAGAGAUUUCAUCAUUUCAAGAAUGGCGAAUGCUCUUGUGGCAAUUACUGGUAAGCAUAAUUUUUUUGUCAGUGCAAAUUAUUUAUGUGGGACAAUUGUAGUCCUUGGAAGAAAUUGGUCUAUGACUUAUUGAAGCGGUGCUGUGCAUUAUGGAUCCUACCCCAGAAACAAAUCAUUUCCUAUGAAAGAAUUCCAGAAGACUAACCAAGGAUACUUGUGCAUAAAGCCAAAGAUGGAAAUACCUCUCAUGAUAUAUAUGAUGGCGAAUUCAUUUUCAGGAUUAAUGACUGCUUAGGGCCCUUAAUAAUGAUGCCAACAUAUCUCACCAACCUUGGUAAAAGCUUCCAAAGUGUUUUGGCUGUCACAUCAAUAUUUCUGCAAAGGUGGUGAAAGCUGAUGAAUAACAGAUUCAUCAUGGUUGUUUAUCUGUAGAUUCUCAAAUUGCAGGAGCAGACCUUUCAGAAUUCGAAUUGCAGAUUUCAGCAAUUCAUCUUACAUUCUGAGCUACCCUACUGACUUCACGUAUAUGAUGUACAUGCUUUUUAUAACGUGCUAGAGCCAUUUUAAAGUAUUUCAUGAAGCAUGGCAAAGUUUUUAGAUGGCAAGUGCUCAAUAUGCAAUGUACAAUUUCACUUCUCUGAAGGAUCCAUAGGAUCAGACCCAUGAUUCAGUGAUCUGGGUUUUUGAGAAUGCUUUGACAGAGGAUGCAAGGUUUGAAUGUGGUCUAACCGAAAGAAGAUGGUUUAUUUUCAAGCUAAUUAAUGGAGCAAGUCAGUGGAUUUGUGUGCUUUGUGGCAGUUGGGAUGUGCAGGGCUAUAUUGAAUGAGGUUGCACCUCUUGUUUCUUCCUGAUCCCAGUACCAAACCAUGGCUGCAGAAAUCUGCCGAAUGCACAUCAUGGCUUGUGUUCUCAGCCAAUAUGGUUUUGAAUCUGGAAAUUACUGAUUUAUUUGGAUACAAUGCAGGACUCUUGGAGUGGAUUCAUGAGAAAGAACUGGAACGAAAAUCUGAAACAUGUGUAACUGCUGUCAAACAACUGUAUUAACAGUUGGUUUGGGAAUCUUCUGAAGCUGGUUUUACAUGGAUGCCACUCUUUAGUUCUUGGUAUGAUUAAGGGUACAUUGUCCUCUAAAUUACUUGGUCAGAAUUUAGAGCAGGAACUCUUCACUUUGUUCAUGAUUCUUUUCGUUUGAACCUGGAUUUCAUAGUUUAUCUAUGCCUUCUACAUGUUAGCUAUCGUCCCGUUAGUUUUUUAGUCCAAAUUCAAGUAAGAGUCUGUUUG